AUGCGUCGCUUGACCGAAAACCUCCGCAAUGCCACUCAGGACUCCGGCGUGUCCCGCGUAUGGCAAGCACAGCUGAUGGUUGGCCUGACGCUGGAGGAUGAAGGCGCCUGGCCCGAGGUCAAAAAACGAGUACGGGAAUGUUUCGGCGUGGCGAAAUUCUUCCUGGCCCGCGAGUUUCCCCAAGACCUGGAUAUGAUCAAGGAAACCCUGCCGGGGUUGUUGGAGAGCCACACAUUCAGCUCUUUCCAAAUAGAGACCAACCGCGCCGACAAGCGGUUCCCCAUGACAUCUCCGGAGGUGAACCGGGACCUGGGAAGAUUUGUCGAGGAACUGACUGGGGCUCGCGUUGAUCUCUCCAAUCCUGACCUGACCAUUUACCUGGAUAUCCAGACCCGGGGCAUCCUUCUCUACUUCGAAGAGGUCCCAGCUCACGGCGGUCUGCCGGUGGGAGCCAGCGGGCGGGUCGCGGUGAUGCUGUCGGGCGGGAUUGACUCGCCGGUCGCCGCUUGGCAUAUGAUGAAGAGAGGCUGCACGGCCAGCUAUAUUCAUUUCCACAGCUAUCCCCUGGUCGACCGAACGUCGAUCGAAAAGGCUGGGGAACUGGUGCAGCAUCUGGCCCGCCACCAGCGCCGGUCGGACCUGUUGCUGGCCCCCCUGGCGGAGAUUCAGAAGCGAAUAAUCGUGGAGACUCCUCCGUCGUACCGGGUGCUGCUUUAUAGGCGGUUCAUGGUGCGCAUCGCACAAGGGCUGGCGAAACAGGUCGGAGCCAAGGCCUUAAUCACCGGUGAGAGUUGCGGACAGGUGAGCUCCCAGACGCUGGAGAACAUCGCCGUGGUCGAUGAUGUAGCCACCAUGCCGGUAUUGAGGCCCCUUAUCGGCCUGAACAAAGAGGAGAUCGUCGGAAUGGCCCGGGGAAUUGGCACCUUUCUCAUCUCGAUACAGCCUGACCAGGACUGCUGCUCGCUUUUCGUGCCCAAGCAUCCCGAAACCCGUGCCCGGCUGGCUACCGUCGAACGGCUUGAGGAGGGCCUCCCCGUGGACGAGAUGGUGGAGGAAGCCAUAGCGGGUUCUGUCAGGGAACUGGUGCCUUCUCCGUAUCAGAGGCUCGUUUAG